AUGAACAAUACAAUUCAAUGUGAGAUUCAGGACCGAAUAGAAGGCGAGUGGCUGAUAAUUAUCACAGUUUUUGGAAGCAUCACAGCCAUUGUCAGCACUCUGGGCAACGUGGUUGUCAUCUCCGCCUUCAUCAACACCAAGAAGCUCCAUAAGCCCUGCAACGUCAUGCUGACGAACAUAGCAGUGAGUGACGUUAUGUUGUGUGUUGUUGGUUUCGCAGUGUUCAUCGCACCAGAGUACUUUCGGCAAAUCUAUUGUAAUGACACCUUCACACAAGCCAGAUUUGGAAUUCUUUAUUUUGUUCUCAAUCUCUCCAAGAGCAGUCUCGUGAUAACAUCAAUUGAAAGAUUGAUAGGAAUACAGUGGCCAUUUCGUUACCACUCAUUCAUGACAUUCAGAAUAAGCAUCCUCCUUUCAGCAGCGGCUUGGGUCUUUACAGUAAUUAGAGCGGUGCACGCCUCGCUCCGGUUCCCUCAAGAAGUGAACGCCUCCAGGAUCAUAGAAGUCAUUGUGAAUGUGCUGGAGAUAUGUGUAACCGUUGCUUGUAAUAGUCGUGUCUACGUUAUCAGCAGGUGGCAUCUGAAUCAAGACAGACUGUACGGUAUUCGGACACAGGACAGCAAGUCACAAGCCGUCGUCAAGAUAUCGCUGGUGUACUUGGUGUCGUGGUCAUUACCCCUAGUCCUGUGGACGGUGGACCUAAUCACCGGCAAUGUCAAGCACUUAAGGCAGAUAAGCAUGCUCCCUCCUCUGCUUGGGACCUUGGCCAAUGUGUACAUCUAUUCAUUCAGGAUGAAGGAUUACAGGGAGGCUAUCAAACAAUUAUUGCCCAAAAGUUGUCGCAGAUCGUCCUGGACCAACACUCCAGGCGGCAUAUACAAUAUAUUUUAA